AUGUCAUUCCGCCCACGCCCACAACUCUUCAACCUCGGAGUCGUCGGCCGUUCGCGUCUCGGGGCCCCUCGAGGUCAGACAAACGAGCUCGUCUUCUCACAGCUCUUCAUCCCAACUAAAUCAACAACAAGGGCAUCCACAAGAAAUUCACGCUUCUCAACCUCAACAACCUCAACGCCUCUAUCUAACCAUCACCGUCCUCGCUCUCACCAAUAUCACAAUCACUACCGACAACAGCAACAAACCCGCCACAACAGCACCAACCCCAAGAACUCCAAAGACUCCACCACCACCACCGCCACCAACCCGAGCAUCACCCGCCUCCUCUCCCGCCUCCCCCGCUUUCUCCACCCUUACCUCUCCUCCCUCCGCUCCUCCCCUUCUUCUUUUGUGGUGGCCUUUCUGAUCCUUCACGAAAUUACGGCUAUCGUCCCUGGUCUCGGGCUCUUUUACCUUUUUCACUAUUGCGGUGGUGAUGAAGACGACGAGGAAGAAGGCGACAAGGACAAGGAUAAGGAGGGGGGUAAGGAGGGGUCAUAUGGUAAGAAGUUCGAAGAGUGGGUGAUGGGGUGGAUGAUGGAGCUGGGAUAUUCGGAGGUGAUGGUGAGGAAGAUGGAGGGGUUUGAGCGGUGGUUUAAGAGGAAGGGGUAUUUUGGGUUUGGUGAGAAGGGGGACGGGAAGGAAGGGGAGGGGGAGGAGGGGGGGAAGAAGAAUGGGGAGAAGAAGGGGGAGGGUGAGGGAGAAGGACAAAAAGAACAGAUUUUGAUGAUGAAAAAGUGGCAGAGUGGUGGAGAUGAAAAGUAUAGAGUUUUGGUGGACGCUGCGCUGGCGUAUGCGAUUACCAAGGCGUUGUUGCCGGUGAGGAUUAUUGCGAGCGUGCAGGCUACGCCGUGGUUUGCGGGCGUGUUGGGGAGGGUGAGGAAGGUUUUUGGUGGCGGGUUGAGGAAGUAA